AGGUUUCACAAAAAGAGUGACUCGUCGGAAGUUCACACAGCAAUUCAAGUUGCCAGAGAUGGAGAGUGUUCCAUUCAAUCGACGGUCUUGGGCUACACAGUCCUUACGAGUCACAGCAAAGGAGCUGUCACUGGUCAGCGGCCGAGGGAAAAGUAAUGCCAUUGCAGAGCGCUUCUCCAAGUACCAGAGGGCUGCUGAGGAGUCAAGUGCUGAGAGAAAAAAAGGAUCAUUCGACAGUGUGACCCCCGCCCUGCGCACUGGCAACCUGAGUGCUCUGAAGCAGCGCUGGGAGCAGGCGGGGCACCUUCAACAGGACAAGGCCUCCUCAGCCCUACCUCUUAGCCAACCCAGCUCCCGCUUCACACCCUCUGCCCAGCCGAGGCCUGCUCCUCUCAGUGAGCGCUGCCCCCCAUCCAAGUCCCCCAGACAGCUGACUCCUCAGGGAGGUCAAGGUACAGCCAGCUGCUUCCAGUACCCAUCAACAGCUUCAAAAGUAUCCGAGGGAGAAGAGAAGACAGAGAUGGAGCGUGAUGAGCUGAAGUUUGGAGAUGGUCCUGAAAAGCUCGAAGAGCAAGUUGUACUCAGUCCCAGUGCCUUUAUUGAAAAGCCCAGUGUGCCACUCAGUAACCUGAAGAUGAGGUUUGAGAAGGGAGAGGACGCCACGCACAAGAGUGGCAGGACAGGACUACGCAGAACUUCAUCAGAGGGAACAGACCAGCAGGGGGGCCUGUCCUUGUCUGACAGGGUGCUGGAGACCACAUCUCUGAGGGAUAAGAUGGCAAAGUACCAGGCUGCUAUUUCCAAACAAGGACCCAAACACCCUGGUCUGGCCCCAGAAAUGCCCACUCAAAAAAUAGCUGCACCUGUAACUGAGAAACACACACCUGUGCCUGAGCACAAUGGAGAAACCAAGGACCAACCCAAGGCAUCCAGGAAGUUCUGCCUGCCGGUGAGGGAGACGUGCAUUGCUUGUCAAAAAACAGUGUACCCACUGGAGAGACUAGUGGCUGAUCAGCAUAUCUACCACAAAAUCUGUUUUCGCUGUGUUCACUGCAACACAAAGCUCAGUCUUGGGAACUAUGCCUCUCUGCACAACAAUGUCUACUGCAAGCCUCAUUUCAGCCAGCUGUUUAAGGCUAAAGGUAACUAUGAUGAGGGUUUUGGCCACCGGCCUCACAAGGAGCUGUGGGCACCACGAGUCGAUGAAGAGGAAGAUAAUGAAGUGGUGAAGCCCAAGGAACAAGAGGCACCAGCAGCAGUGACGCGACCAGCUGAGAGAGUUUCAGCCGAACAACCUGCCCCAGCUGUGGAGUCAUCCCCACUUGCCAAAGUUACAGACCUGACUGCCAUGCUGGAGACACAGACCAAGACACACACUGGGUCCAGUGGGAAACUUCCCUCGACAGAGAGGCCUGCUGAGACCUGCAGGCUGAGGAUCGCCUGGCCCCCUCCUACUGGUGAUGGCCAGUCUGGGGCAGCAACUCAACAGCCGAGUCCAGCGACGGAAGGAAUUGCUUCAGGUCGAGCCUGGAGGGCCAAGUGGCCCCCAGUGGAAGAGCUGCCAUCAUCCUUCCAAAGCCAAGAACGGGCUGAACUGAAAAGCCUGCGGAGGUCAUCUUCUCUAAAGGAGCGCAGCCGGCCCUUCACAGUCGCAGUAAACCCCAACCCCACUACCAACCUGGAACCACGGGGACCUCGUCGUCCUCUCAAAGCCCUGCUGGAAAGGAGGGGAUCACUGGAGAAAACACGCUCAUUUGAGGAGGAUAAACCAGAACUCCAGCAGGUGAAGCAAGAGGAGCAGAAAGAGGAGAAGACCCCUCCACUUCCAAGUGAAGACGCAGCAAGAGGAAGUGAGACCACGUCAGAGGACGUGGAGACCCUUCCUGAGCAGCAGGAGGAAAAAGAUGAACAGAGAGGAAAUGCAUCAGCAGAGAAGUUUGCAGUGGAAGAGGGCUCUCUGAGAAGCAUCUCCCCAGAUAUCUCAGCCUCGCCCUCACCACCUUUGCAGCCAAAAAAUAAUCGCACGUCUGAGGAUGUGGGCUUCUGGGAGGAGAAGGAAGGAAGUGAUGUGGAGGAGGAGCUGACUGCGGAGGAGAUCAUCAAGAGGAACCGCUAUUAUGAGGAUGAUGUCUGAACUAGAAAAUGUCAUUGUCUUACUGUAAGCCCUUCCACCAUACAACACUCUAUUUUAUGCAUCAUAUUUUACUUAUAGGUACAUUAAUUACAAAUUUAGAUUUGCUGAAUUUUAUAGUAUUACUGGGGAAUUGAAAGAAACAUCAUAAUUUUAUAUGUAUGUAUAUACAGCAUAUUGCUAUUUUUGCCUUUAAUUUUUAGUUUUUUUAUUGAAAUUACAUACUGCAAAAACAUCUGAUACAGCUUUUAUAUGACACAUAAUUACAAUGUGCAAGGGGCUUCUAUUAAGCUUGAAUCGGUGAAUAUCUGGGCCUUAUUUUCUGAUAUUUAUGUGCAUCAUCAGUGGCUCAUUAUUGAAAGGUGGUUUUUCCAAAUAGCAUCAUUUUCAAGUGGCACUUAAAAUGCUAUUGUAUAAUAGGCAGUCCUGGACUUGCAUAGAGUGAAACAAUCAGUUGUUCAGUGGAUUUUUGCCUUACCACCUGGAGUGUAGCCCAUUCGUCCAUCAUAGUGGGACGGUGAAAACCCAAAUAAUACUAAGAUGCUGUUAUUGGAAAAUAAAGAGCACAGCUAGUUGUAAAAUGAAAUUGCUGUGCAUUUUAUUGUUAAUUUUGUUAAAAAACUGCCUCAGUUUAACAUAGUAAUAUAGUUUAAAAUAAGUUAAAAAGUGAGAUAAACAACCAAAUGUUCUUGAUGAGGUUUCAGCGAAUGUCUAAGUUAACACUGUAGAGGCCUUGUCUUCGCUCAGGGAUGAAGUCAUCUCUACCACCAGUGUUGUCAUUGUUCCCCAGCGUCCAGCCGCCUUCAUAUCUCUUCUUGUGGGACUCAGUCCUUCUCUACCAUGCCUCCAUCAGAGAUAUUACAAUUACUUGAAGUCACCUUCCUCAGGCAAAGUACCCGGCCACUGCUUAUGAAGGUACUGUGGAGCAUGGCAGUAUGGAGUUUAAGCAGGAUGCCUUUAUUAAGCCCUUGCCCCUCACCAGCACCUGAAUAUGCACAUAAUUAAAGUGGAGAUCUUUUUACUGAAGACGCAUAUGUAGACCAAUCAGUAGACCAUAACAAUAUUAACCAGUAAAAAGCUCGAUGCUUUUAUAAAAAUACAUUGCACCAUGCAGCUGCAGCAGUAAAUUGCACUGGGAUGUUCCUAGUAAUUUGGGCUAUCUCAUGCGAAAGUCAGAGCUCCUUCACUACAGCUCUAAUGGAGAGGCAUUACACUUGUUCUUUUCAAUUUUUCCAGCUGCGUGUAUUUAGCUCAAACCAAUUUAAUGAAGCUGAGCACUUUUCAAAAUUUGACCUUAAAUUAGCCCGAACAGACCAUGAAAUGUCCCAUAUUUUAGAUUGCCAUUGCCACAGUAAGGGAGAAGAGAGUUCCUACUGAUACCUCUAAUUUCAGUGUAAGAUCUCAAUAUAAACUGCCUCUUUUGGCUUUCUGGAUUUGUUUUUAACUCCUUCAAUAGUGGUAUGUUUUAUAUUGUAUAUAAACAUUUUAUAAUAUUUUCUUUUAAUAUGUGCACCAGAAUAUUUGCAUGGACCGCAGCAGAACCUCAUUCAUUUGAACACUUUUUUUUAGGGGAUAUUGUUUUAAUUAUUGAAAUCUUCAGAGACUGAAAUAUAUUGAAACACAGUUGUGAACUAUCUCCACAAUAUACUAAAUGUAAGUACUCAAAUGCUGUUCAGAAGCUGGGGCUGAAAUUUACUUCUAACAAAAAGAAAUUUCAAAAUUUGCACAAAGUAAACAAUGUGUUUUACGCAUUACAUAUUCAUUAAUUACGUGGCUCAGAUAAAUGAGGCUCUACUGUAUUAGGCUUCUUGUACCCCCAUAUUUUUUUAUACAUAUUUGGUGAGGGAAAAAAUGUUGUUAUAGAGGGAAACCAAACAGGGAAAAUGACUGCAUUAAAUAAAAUACCCAUUACAAUGCGUCUGCA